UGUAUCUCCCGAGAUAGAUAUGCCGGUAGCAAGCUAAUGAGCAUUGUGGAUGUUUUCUGGACACUUAGCAAUCAUUCAAGUGUCUGGUUUACUUCUUGCCUCAGCAUGUUCUAUUUACUGAAGAUAGCCAAUAUAUCCCACCCAUUUUUCCUCUGGCUGAAACUAAAGAUUAACAGAGUCGUCCUGGGGAUUUUUCUGAUGUCCUUCCUUACCUGUAUAAUUAUUAGUGUUUCAUUGAAUGAGGACUUCUGGGAUCCCUUCAAAGGCAAUCAUAAGGAAAACAUAACUUGGGAAUUCGAAGUGAGUAAAAUCCCAAGUGCUUUCAAACUGGUUAUCCUGAACCUGGAGGCUAUCAUUCCCCUUGUUCUUUGCCUAACCUCAUUUCUCUUGUUACUUUUCUCCCUAUUUAAACAUACCAAGCAGAUGAAGCUUAAUGCCACAGGGUCCAGAGACCCCAGCACAGAGGCCCACAUGAGGGACAUAAAGGCAGUGAUCAUCUUUCUGCUUCUCUUCAUUAUGUACUAUGCAGUCUUUCUUGUAGUAACCUCUAGCUUGCUGAUUCCUCAGGGAAAAUUAGUGGUGAUGUUUGGUGGCAUGAUCGCUGUCAUUUUCCCAUCAAGCCAUUUGUUCAUUCUGAUAAUGAGGAACAGCAAACUGAGGGAGGCUUUUCUGAAAGUGCUAAGGAUUGUGAAGAGUUUCCACAGAAGAAGGGAACCUUUCGAAAAAAUGAAUCCAAAUCCCAUGCUAACAUUUCAUAUCAUUGCCUAA